CUCGGAAGAAUGUCCGCUGAAUCUAACAGGAUAAAAGAUGUUUUGUUGUACCAAAUGACUUCGCAGUAUGAUGACCCAAUAUUGUGGAUCGAUAACUACGUAUCAAAUCCAUCAGUAUCUGAAACAGAAAUCAAUCAACUGAGGUCAGUAAUGCAAAGAGAUCAAGCACUCAAGAAGUUAGAUAAUGAGAGAAUAUAUAAUUUAAUUGGGUCAUUUCCUUCCAAACUACAACCUGAACAGCUACUCAGUAAUAUGAACCAUCUACGCAGCAAAAUUCCAGCAGUUCCUGGUAGUGGCUUUGUUUCAACCUGCACCACACUUAUCCAGCCUAAUGACAUAAUCCCAGUCGUGGAUGACGAUGGUAAUUCGAGUUUAAAGGAUAUUCGCAAACGUAGAUCAUAUGUGACAUUACGAACAUGCAGAGUUUACUCCAAAUUCUCAAAGUUAUGUCCAGCAUGUUUACAUCAGUUUAAUUCGUUGAUAGAAAAGUAUCAAUGUUUGAAAUGUGCUCGUACUGUGUGCCGAAAUUGUGCUCACAAAAUUUCAUUGACAAAUUCUGAUAUUUUAUGUAAAGAGUGUUGGGACAUUGCGAAAUACGUUUGUAAAACAGGUGAUUGGUUCAAUCAUUAUACUGAGACAAAAGAACCUUGUCCGUUAAAAAUUGAUGUCAAGUUUAAACCACUUGAAAAUAAUCUACAUAAAGCUAAGAGUGAAGGCAUUUUACCAUUGACUGAUUCACCGAAAAAUAUUGUUAAUCCAUCUUUUAAACCAAAUAACGAGAACGAAAAGAGAUCAUCAAAUCAAAAGUCAGUUGAAGAAAUUUCUCCAGUAAAAAGCCAACAAACAUCAAGAUCUAAAUCCCUACAAACCCUGAAAUCUCAAAACUCUUGGGAUUAUAUAAAGUCUCACUCUCAAAGUACACUGAGAACAAAAUUAUCUGGUUUCUUAAAGCCAUCAACACUUUCUCAUUCUCAAUCGUUUGAUUAUUUAAGCAGAACAAGCGAUUCAUCAAGAGAUCAUGAAGAAUUCGAGGAAAAAUCUAAAAUAGAAAAACGUCUCUUACGAUUAAAAAGAUUACUGAAGAAAAGUAUAUUGAACAAAUCAAACUACUAUAAAACUUUUAAUGGAACGGAUGAAUCAGUUCAUGGAGAAAUCGACGUAUCAAUGGAAUAUGACGCUGAGGAUCAACAACUUGGCGUUACUUUAUGGACUGCCAAAAAAUUAAAACAUGAAAAGUACAAAAUUGGCUUACCUCAUGCUACAAUCGUGUUGCUUCCAGACAAUGUUAAAUAUAAACUUGAAGUACCUGGUCAUAAUAAAUGGGAUGGAACAAAUGCAGUUUUUGAUCUUAGUGUUUGUUUUACUGUACAUGAGUGUGAUCUGAAAAAGAAGAUUAUUCUAGUAAAGUUAUGGUCUAGAAAAGGCAUAAAAUCACAAUUCACUAUUGGCCAGAGUGUUAUUCCGAUGGAAGAAUGUAAUCUUUUGUUAUCCGCAUAUAGACAAUCCUUUCGAUUGCUAAAUGAAAAUAAUUCAAUCAUUACGCAUCCCAAUAUGAAUACAGCUUACUACGGUGAAAUUAAACUUGCUUUACGUUUUGCAAUAUCUGAUUAUCAAAAAAAAAUGUUGUGCGUAGCUGAUAAAGCUAUUGAUUUGAUUGGCAUAUUAGAUGUAUGGAUAAAGGAAGGCAAAAAUUUACAUUCACAAAACGCUGGUACAGAGAUUAACUCUUACGUGACUGUAGAAUUAACUGAUGCUAAACACAAAACAGAAUGUCAAACUACAGAUCAAAUUCUACGAAGCAAUCAACCAAUUUGGAAUAGUUUACUUAAAUUUCCAGACAAAUAUCUUAGUGAAUUAAUUGAAUCUACUAUAAAAAUAUUCAUUUGGAAUCGUUCCACUAGUCUAAGCGAUCCAAAUCUAUUGGGAACAGUACAAAUUUGCAAUGAAGAGAAAGAAUCUGCACAAGUCAACAUGGGCAGCGAUAGCGACAUGAAUUCUCAUUUGAAUCACGCCAACAAACUAUGGGAAUCUGUAUUAUUCAAACCUGGUGAUUGGGUAGAAGCUUUGCUUUAUAUUGAAGCUCCUCAGUUGGACUGACAAAGAUAAAACACUUAUAUAUAUAUAAUCCAUGUAUUCCAUAUAUUUUUCUACAAGUUAUUUAUGUCAAGAAUUCAAUUCUUAUAUUUUAAAGUCGUUUAACAAGUUUUCACUUUACUUUUCAGAUACUAUUAUAUUACAAUACAGUUAAUUUCAUCAACACUACACAUUACAUUGUUUUGAGAAUUGGUCGAUUCAACAUAAUUUUCUGUCUUGUUUAGUUAUCAUUUGGAUUAUAUAGAAAUUAAAUUAGCAAUUAUAUUUAAUUAAAUACAAUUGGAUUUUCAGAUAAAAUAAAGGGGGUUUUAAUAAUAUUAACGAAAUUAUACACCACCUUGUACUGACUAACAUUCUAUAUAUGCAUAGUUUCUUUGAAUUCUUCUAUCCUUUGUUAC